AUGAGCUUUGGUUUUGGUAUAGGCGACAUCCUCGCGGUGAUCGAGCUUGCCAAGAAGAUACGAAAAGAUUUCGCAGAUGCUCCAAGUCAAUUUAAGGAUAUCUCACUCGAGGUGCGAAGUCUCUCCAUUGUACUUCAGGAUAUCGAAGAUGAGCUAUCAUUGCCGGACCUCAAUGCCAAACAGAAGAGUGAACUCAAAGAAAUCAUUGUCGGCUGUCGAGAUGUUCUUGAGAAGUUGCAGCAAGCGUUGAGCACAUAUGGCGAAUUCAAAUCUGACUCUAGAGGUGUGGGCUGUAAGGCGAAAAGAAUUUGGAAACGGUUUCAGUGGGAGCCUGAUGAUAUCAAAGAGUUUCGAAGUCGUGUUACAACAAACGUUACUUUUUUGAAUGCAUUUCGGGGGAAAUGUACCAAUGAAAUACUACAUGAGAUAAAGAACAGCGCAGACCAGUUUCAUGAACGACAAAAUGAUCGGCAAUUCAACGAGAAAUCUUUAGCGAUUUUGAAUUGGCUUACGCCAAUCAACCAUGCAUCUCAACAGCAUGAUUACAUCACACAACGGCAAAUAGAUACAGGAAAAUGGCUUCUAGAUUCGCCAGUCUUCAUAGAAUGGGUAAAUUCUGAUAAGCAGAAAUUGUUCUGUCCAGGUAUCCCUGGUGCAGGUAAAACGAUACUUACAUCAAUUGUUGUUGAAGAACUCAAUACCCGCUUUCAAAACGACAAAGGUAUUGGAAUUGCGUACUUCUAUUGCAACUUUCGACGCCAACAUGAUCAAAAGAUUGAUGACUUGUUAUUAAGCCUUCUCAAGCAGCUCUCCAGAUACCAGGCUUCACUACCAGGUGCAGUGAAGGAUAUGUUUGAUCUACACUCACCCAGGCAGAAUCGCCCGUCGACAAAGGAAAUUUCUAGUGCCCUCAAGUCUGUGAUCGAUUCGUAUUCCAAGGUUUUUAUUGUCGUUGAUGCUCUCGAUGAAUGUCAAAUGACCAACGGUUGCCGAAUGCAAUUUCUAUCAGAGAUUUUCGAUAUUCAGGAGACAUAUCAGCUAAGCCUUUUCGCAACCUCGAGACAUAUUCCCGACGUCGAAGAAAGGUUUGGUGGCUCUUUGCGGUUGGAGAUUCGAGCCAGUGAUAAAGAUGUUGAGAGGUACUUAGACGGUCGCAUUUCGCAGUUACCUGAAUAUGUACGCAAAAGCACGGGCUUACAAAAUGAGGUCAAGACUGCAAUCGUCAAAGCAGUUGAUGGAAUGUUUCUGCUUGCUCGACUUAAUUUCGAUUCUUUAAGAGGGAAAAAGUCUCCAAAGGUUAUGCGGAACGCUUUGAAUAGUCUUCCAACUGGAUCCGACGCAUACAGAGAUGCGUACAAAGAUGCUAUGAAAAGAAUUGAAGGACAGCUGGAUGAUGAGAGAGACCUUGCAAAGCAGGUUCUUUCGUGGAUUACUUGUGCAAAAAGGCCUCUGACAACAGCAGAACUUCAAGAAGCUAUUGCAGUAGAGAUUGACGAGACAGAGCUUGACCAAGAAAACUUUACUGAAAUCAACACAAUGAUUUCUGUAUGUGCCGGACUGGUGACUGUUGAUGAAGAAAGCAAAAUAAUCCGCUUAGUCCAUUAUACUACACAAGAAUACUUCGAGCAAACGCGAGACAAAUGGUUCCCUGAUGCAGAAACCUUUAUUACUACAAUCUGCGUUACAUAUCUAUCAUUCGAAACUUUCAAUACCGGUUUCUGUCUAUUGUAUAGAGACUUCGCAAAGCGGGUACGGUCUCAUCAAUUCUCCAUGUAUGCCGCACGAUUUUGGGGGCAUCACGCUGGUAAGGCUUCAAUUUUAGAAAAAACAUUAGAGCAGGCGCUUUUGAAAUUUCUCAAAAACCAAGCAAAGGUCGACGCAUCAUGGCAAUUAAUCAAUUCUAAUGAUGUACCGGAAUCAUAUGUCGACCAGGGCUCGAGUCCCAGGUAUUCAGGCUCUUCCUACGGCCAACGUGCGGGAAGAGGAUUGACAGGAAUGCAUAUAACAGCGUUCUUUGGACUCGAAACUGUUAUACAACUGUUGCUUGAUUCGGGCAAACUCGAAGUCGAUCCAAGGGACUUGUUAAGCGAGGAAUCGGAUUUUAUUCCUUAUCCCAAUCUUGUUAAUCACGGUCGAACGCCACUCUCUUAUGCGGCGAAGAAAGGGCAUGAGAAGGUAGUGAAUCUCUUGCUUGAUACUGGCAAAUUUGAGGUCGAUUCUAUAGAUAAAUUUCAUCAGACGCCACUUCAUUCCUCGGUUGAGAGCGGGAAUGAGAACGUGGUAAAGCUUUUGCUUGACACAGGCAAAGUUGAUGUCAAUUUCAAAGAUGGCCAAGGUCAGACGCCGUUCUAUAAGGCGGCCACAUCCGGGAACGAGAAUGUGGUAAAGCUAUUUCUUGAAACAGGCAAAGUCGAGAUCGACACAAUCGAUAACUUUGACGAAACACCACUAUUAGGUGCUAUUCAAAAUGGACACGAAUCAAUAGUGAAGCUGCUACUAAAUACAGGCGCAGUAGACAUUAAUCAAAGUAAUUACGUGCACCGAACGCCAAUCUCAUUUGCUGCUGAAGGAGGCUUUGAAUCUAUAGUAAAGCUACUUCUCGAUACAAAUUCAGUCAAUGUCAAUAUUAUUGAUAGUUAUCACGGAACGCCAAUCUCAUAUGCUACUAAAAGGGGCUUUGAAUCUAUAGUAAAGCUACUUCUCGAUACAAAUUCAGUUAAUGUCAAUAUUAUUGAUAGUUAUCACGGAACGCCAAUCUCAUAUGCUACUAAAAGGGGCUCUGAAUCUAUAGUAAAGCUGCUUCUCGAUACAAAUUCAGCUGAUGUCAAUAUUGCUAAUAGAAAUCGACGAACGCCAAUCUCAUAUGCUUUAGAACAAGGCUAUGAAUCCAUAAGAAUGCUCUUAUUGAGUACAGGGAAAGUUGAUAUCAGUUACCUGGAUCCUUCUGGUAUGAACAUAUUCUGGUGGGUAGCUUGUUGGGGUCGUGAGCCCAUUGUAAAGCAACUGCUCGAUACAGGUUUCAACCUGCCAAUUACACAACCAGGGCCUGUGGAGGGAGUCUGGUGGGAGGACGAGGGGAAGGUGAAACUUCUGAUUAAGAGAUACACUGAUAUGAAAAUUGACAUUCAUCCUGCAACUGAAGAGAAUAUCCGAAAACUAUGGCCAGGGGUCUUGGAAGACUCGCGAGGAGAUUGGAAUGAACAGUUGGAGAGCGUUAUUUGUGAGGGAAUGGCGUUUAAACGUAUUAUGAGCAUGUGA